CACCAUGAUUUCAUUGGUGCAUACAUUUUAAAGCUGCAAUUAAUAAAAAGGUGUCAAACAUCAGUGACAGUGGUCUGACUGAGUCACUGCAGCUCAUGUUUGGUUUUUAUUCAGGUCUGUUUGGAAAUUAUAAGAAACCUCUGGCACCAUUCCCUUACACUUACAAAGGUGUCUUGAGCAACAGAGAGGAGGGGAACCCCAAGUUUUACAAGUCCCACACUAGUGCAUCUCUUCUACGUACUCCCCUUGCUCUCAGAUUUCUCUCCCAACCCACCUUUCAGAUUCCCCUUUUUUGGCAGUAAACCAUUUAAAUGAAAGCAGUGUAACAGUCAUGGGGGUUCAGGGGGGGUGGAAAAAGAAUAUUUGGUAUAAUGAGGUGAUCCAUUGUGCUUGUUUUGCUUCUCCUCCUCUCUCCUUGUCGAUCAUUCUCUACAUGUUUCUUAGCCAAUUACACUCUGUACUGUCUUGGAUCGUGUGCCCCCACCUCCCCCCCUUUUUUCAUUUUCCCUCCUUCUUUCCAAAGGCCUUGUUAAGCCCUGAUAGUCUUGCUGGGGAUAAAACCUGGAGCUUUGGAGAGGAGAGGGACAUUUAGGAGCAAGAUGGCGAGAGGGACAGUGGCCACGUACCUACAUGGAGUCCUUCUCCUGGCUCUGUGGAAACCAUCACUUGAAGGAGGCGUUUAUGUACCUGUCGGUGCUGGUGGAGGAGCUGGAGCUGGAGUAGGCACUGGUGCAGGACCUGGGACUGGAUUUGGACCAGGUGGGAGUGGAACAGGUUUUGGAGGACCUGGGACUGGAUUUCAGACAAGCGGAGGAGCUGGACCAGGAGGAGCUGGUGCUGGUCUUGGAGGUUAUGGACCAGGAUCUGCAGGAGUGGGCUAUGGAGGUCAAGGACCAGGAGGAGCUGGACCAGGUGGACAAGGACUUGGUGGGAUUGGACCAGGAGGAGUCGGACCAGGAGCUGGGACAGGCGGGUUUGGACCAGGAGGUGUUGGACCUGGAGGUUUGGGACCCAGUGCAUUUGGUCCAGGUGGACUAGGAGUGGUACCUGGAGGUGGUGGAGCUGGUGGGAAGCCUCCAAAAACAAGCUAUGGUGGACGUGCUGGAAUAGCAGGAGGAUUUGGGGGAGGUCAGGGUCCUGGAGGCAUAGGAGGAGGACAGGGCUUGGGUGGUUUUGGACCAGGUGGUACUGGACCAGGUGGUACUGGAUCUGGCGGAUAUGGAACUAGGCCUGGAGGAGUCAGUCCAAGUGGACAAGGCAAUGGCAUAAGUUUUUUUUGCUCCUGUGUGAUAUAUUUAUAUUGUUGGCAAACUAGAAAGUAUCACGUCACCUUUACAAACAUAACAUAACUCAUCCAGUCCUGCAGGCUUAAACGACUUUAGGCUGUAAUCAGUCAAAAUAUUUCUGCAAAAACAUUACAUUUUUACUUUGGACUAACUGAACAAACUUUGUGUUCUACAGCCCAAAAAAGUUACACGAUACAGCAAACUUACCUAAGUUCUUCUUCUAUGGCUUUAAUGGCUUUUUCUAGGUUAAUUACUGCCACCCGUUGGCAAGAACGUUUGUUCAGGAGCUUCCCGAGCACUUUCAGAAACAUUGAUAGUAUGAAUUCAUUAUACUGCCGAUAGAAUGCCAUUUUAAUCUUAUCAAUGCCACAAUGAGGUACACGAACUAACAUGUGUAAGUUCUGCCAUUCUCUGUUUAGUUUGGACAGAAAAACAUAAUUCCAGGAUGUCAUAAUCAUGUCCAUAAUCACAGAUCGGUGUUCAGCCCCUUUACUGUAAAUAUUGUUCUGCCGUGAGAUAAGUUCUCCAAGGGCAGUAGCCAUUAUUCCAUUUCCUCAUUCUUUAAAGCUUCUCUUUGACAUGACCAUAUGCUGUAUAGGGGAAGGAAGAGGGAGAGAGUCACCAGAGUCAGUCAGAAGACUGAUUUCCUUUGGAAUAUUAGUUCUCUUUGUUUGGCAUAUGUCAAUUUCAGCUAACUAAAGCAGUGUAGGAAUGGUUAGUGAUGAUAUCUAUAUUCUGAGUGUAAACCCCCUCAUUAUAUUGGUGUGCAUAUACUGGGUGGGUCGGUGCAGAGAAGAGACUCGUCCUGUGUUUCACACUUUCCAGUUUACUAAAAGUCUGGCCCCCACCAGCACACACAAGUACACUAGACUACACAAAAUCCCACAGAGGGUGUUUGUGUUGUUCUGCCUCGACCUGCGAGAAUAACACGCAAAGGUCCUUAUUUACCAAACCACACAGCUGAUGUCUGAACGGACUGUGGUUCAAAAGAUCUCAUUAAACCUUACAAACCUAACUAUAGAGUAAGUCAGCAGACUGUUGCAGAUUGUGUGACCUCACAAUCAGGCCCUUUUAUCUAAAUUAGAAGCAGGUCUUCUCUCUGAAGGUCACAAUGUUAAAUCACCAUAUUUUUACAGAGCAUGUUGUAAUGAUGAUACUUCACAACCAGUUCUUCCUGAACUCCAUACAGUGUAAAAUACAGGCCUAAACAGAAUCACAUUACAUUUUAUGUUGUCGGCUUAUGUUGUUGUUUUUUGUUAUAAUAAAAAAUGUGCACCAGUCAAAACCCAGAUUUUACUAUACAGAGCCCUCAGUUUCUAGUUGUAUACUUGUAAACGGCACAUCAACAGCCAAAGCUGAACAUAGUUUCAAACACACGAACAAAGCCGAACAACAGCAGUUCUACCGAUCGAUCAGAAUUAUUCUACAGAUCGAGUGCGUUCAGAUUUCUUUAGGAAAAUGUGUAUCAAGUUACACAUGGGUGGAGCAGCAGAGAACAUACUGAAUUGAUUACUAUGUAAUGCUGUGUAUCACAGACACUGGAGCCAGAACAAAUCACUGAGGGCUGUUUCUCUUUCAUGUGACUAUUAGGACUUGGGAGCCUUGGGGCAGGAGGUUUGGGUGGAGGUGGCCAAGGGGCUGGCACAGGUCAGGGUGCUGGAUCAAGCUACGGACCUGGAGGUCAGUGGUCUCUACACUUUUCAUGUUUAUUUAUUUUAAUGAGAGAUACCAAGUAAAAAGUUCAAAGCAUUUUUCACAUUCCAUUUAUAGUGAUUACUUUUAGGAAUAACUGCACAAAUGUGAACCUAUUAGUGAUAACCUAAGCCUUU